AUGAGAUCUCUCCGCGGGAUAGGACUGGAAAAGAUCCCCCCAAUGAAGACCAAAGCGAGAAAGGCAGAAGGGAGUGUGGGAUUGGGUCUAUCCGCUAAAGUAAGAGCUCUUCAUCUUGGGCGCAAUAAAUCACCAAAGAAGGUGGGCAAGUUCACCAGAAAGGUCAAAGUACCAUGGCGCACUCGGGCAUCUUGGUGCCUUGAGCUGGGAAAACUCCUCAAUCGCAAUCGCGGGCCUUUCCCACUCUUGACAAAGGGCUUCCAUUGGGUGAAAAAGUGUAGUUCUCUUUUAAAGCUCCUUCUCUCUUCUCCUUUUCCUGACUUUCUACUCCGGCUACAGAGCCUUAUAAAUGCCAUGAAGCUUAGCCGAACUACUUGGCUUUGGCUCGGCUCAAAGAAAGAACUGGGUCACUGA